AUGUCUGAAUCAACUGGGUCCUUGCCAGUCAGUGAACUAGUUGAGGAAUAUGAAACUGUGCUCAGAUCAUUAUUAGACACUCAUGCUCCCCUACAUAAUAAAUUGGUCACAAUACGUGAUUUUUCUCCUUGGUACACACAGGAAAUUCAUGCACAAAGAAUUAUUAAAAGGAGACUUGAAAGGCGUUGGCGUUCUUCUAAUAUGGCGACCGACAGAGAUCUGUAUGUUAAGCAAUGUAUGAAAGUCAAUGAUUUGAUCUUUCAUUCGAAAAUGUCUUUUUAUGGUGAUUUGAUUGAUAGUUUGGGACCUGAUCAACGAAAUCUCUUUAGUACUGUAGACAAGAUGAUUCAUAAAAAAGCGGAAAAGCUUUAUCCUUCAUCUGGUGUUUCUGGUAAUUUGGCAAAUGAUUUUGCGAAUUUCUUUUGUACCAAGAUUACAAAUAUAAGAUCAACAUUGCUGUCUGAAACAUCUAUGAAUUUCGAUUAUGACAAGACAUACCCAAUACAAGCUGAGCUAUCCACCUUUACCCCUGUAACAUCUGAAAAUCUUGGGAAAUUAAUUGAUAAAAUGUCAAGUAAGUCAUGUCAACUGGAUCCUAUACCAGCUUCUGUUUUUAAAAAGUGUGGUCAUCUAUUACUUCCUGUGAUAACAGACAUUGUUAAUCUUUCUCUGCAUCAUGCAUUGGUCCCACCCAGUUUGAAAAUGGCACUUCUGCUACCAUCUAUGAAGAAACCGUCUCUGGAUCAUGAAGAAUUCUCAAGCUUUCGACCAAUUUCCAAUUUGAAAUUUUUGUCAAAGGCUGUUGAAAAAGUUGUUGCGUCCCAAGUUGAUACUUAUAUUAGGCAUAAUAACUUGUAUGAAGUGUAUCAAUCAGCCUAUAAAAAGUAUCAUAGCACUCCUGGCAUUAGACAAUCGGUCAUCGGUAAUACUUUUGUUAUUGGAUUUGUCGGCUGCCUUUGA